CUUUUUAAUGGCUUCUCCUCGCGUUAUCUCCUUGUCCGAUUUAGCCCUAACCUAUACGGCUGCCACAUCCAGAUUUCCUCAUCCUUAUUAGGGAGGAACCAAAACCCUAAUCCUAUCUUGUUUCUCUCCUAUAAAUCGCUUCAAAGACUGUUUCUUUUCUCUUCUUCUCUAUCUCUCUCUCCGUUUCAUUUCUGAUUGAUUCAUGAUUUCUCAUCACGAACCCUAAGUUAUAUACAUCCAUCGGGUUGUGUUCUUCUUCUUUUGGGCAAUCAGUGGUUUUUUUUUGGUCUCCUUUUGUUUAUCCGUCGAGACUUCUAGGUGGAAUCAAAGCUUGUUGCUUUAUCUCGAUCUUGGUUAUUAGCUGAAUCGUGUGUUAAGAUGGUUGGAGGUGGAAACAGGAGAGAUGAAGGAUCGAUCACGAUCCAGAGUACCAAUUUGUUUGCAGCUUUGGACACUCGUAAGAAGAAGAAGAAGUCUGACAAGACAGGUAAGGGCAAAGGGUCAUCUAAGUCACGAGAGCCAGAGAAGGAGCCUGAGCCACAGGUCUUUUGGGCACCUACCCCUUUGAAAGUUAAGUCUUGGGCUGAUAUUGAUGAUGACGAUGAAGAUGAUGACUACUACGCCACCACUGCUCCUCCUCAGUCUGGCUGGAGCACUUCUGAGCCUUCCCAUACUGAUUCAGAAGACGUUCAUGUCGAGGAAAGUGAAAGUGAGGAAGAUAUUCUUGAUGAAGGUGAUGAUGAUGUGGAGGAGGAGCAUGAACAAGAAACCGAGGUACAGGUUCAUCCAGAGCCUGAGCCUGAGGUGAAGAAGGCUCCUGAAGUUCCUGCACCUCCUAAAGAGGCAGAGAGGCAACUUUCCAAGAAAGAGAGGAAAAAGAAGGAACUUGCUGAGCUUGAGGCUUUGUUAGCUGAUUUUGGAGUUACCCCCAAGGAGAAUAAUGGCCAAGAGGAAUCUCAAGAUGCUAAAGAAGGAAAGAAAGAAGAUGCCAAUGGAGAGGGCGAGAAGAAGGAGAAUGCAGCAGGUGGGGAGUCAAAGUCAGCCAAAAAGAAGAAAAAGAAGGAUAAGCAGAAGGAGGCAAAAGAAUCUCAAGAGCAACAAGCAAACGACAACGCUGAUGCUGUAGAUGAAGCUACUGGGUCUGAACCGACGGAGGAAGAAUCUCCAAUUGAUGUCAAAGAAAGGAUAAAAAAGCUUGCAUCCAUGAAGAAAAAGAAGUCAGGCAAAGAGGUGGAUGCUGCAGCAAAAGCUGUUGCGGAAGAGGCAGCUGCGAGGCGUAAGAAGCUGGCCGCUGCAAAGAAGAAGGAGAAGAAUCACUAUAACCAACAGCCUGUGCGGUAAAUCCUGAAUCACCACCAUUUUGAUCUUGAUGGAAAUACAAAUAUGAACAUGUAUUCCGCCGUAUAUUGUUCAUAUGAGUCUCUGUCCUAAUAAAUCUUUUGAAGGGGUCUGGUUUUUAGGGUUAAAGACAUUGAAUCCUUUUUCUAGUCGUAUUACAUUGAACAGGCUAAAGUCAAAACUUAUCUCUUUUGUUUCUUUUUGAACAUUUUUGUUUUUUUUUUAUAAUAUCAGACCUUUUUUAGGUACAUUCUUGUCUUCAAUCAUCUUCUUAUGUAUGGUUUGAUGGUAUUUAUGU